AUGUCAGGCGAAUUCAGGGAACUGCCAAUUGAGCCACAUGGAAUUAUCUGGCAAGAUAAUUUCAUCGAUGCCGAACACGAGCAAAGACUUAUCUCCGUCUUUCUCAAUGAGCUAGAAUGGCCCGAUCGCAACGGCCGCCUAUCACUCCAUUACGGCUAUACCUUCGACUAUAAAACAUUUGGAAUAGAUCCGGAAAUUCCAUUUAAGGAAUUCCCAACAUGGCUGCAACCACUUAUUCCGACAACCGAGGACCGCCCUCCAGACCAAGUCUGUCUGCAGUACUAUCCUCCAGGCGCGGGCAUCCCCCCUCAUGUAGAUGCGCACAAGCCAUAUGAUCAGCUCUAUGCGUUAUCUCUUGGCGCACCGGCCAUGAUGGUCUUCCGGAGAGGCGAUGUGCGCCUUGAGGUUGACUUGACGCCGCGCAGCAUGAUGCAGAUGAGUGGGGACUCAAGACUACAUUGGACUCACGGUAUCAGGAAGCGCAAGAACGAUACUCUUGCUGAUGGCACUGUGAGGCCCCGUGAGAAGAGAUGGAGUAUCACGUACCGCUGGCUUCGAGAUGGGGAUUGCGAAUGUGGAAAUUUGGAUUUGUGUGAUACUGCGCAGCUGCGCAAUGGAAUCGAAAAGGAGAAGAGGUCAUUGAAGGCAUUGGCGGAAAAGGCUGUCGAAACACCCAUUGCAUAG